AUGGCUAAAUAUACAGAAGAUCAAUUAUUACAAUUAAAAUCAGAAUCUUAUAUUCCACAACCAACAAUUUUACAAGCAUUCAAUGAAAUGAUUGAACAAGUAAAACAACAUUCAUUAUUACAACAACAACAAUAUCAACAAUCUCAACAACAACAACCACAACAAAAUUCUGGCUCAACCACUACAAACAAAUGGAAUAAUGGAGAUACUUAUAUUGAUGAAAAGGGAAAUGAAAGAAGUUAUCAUCAUUUGAAUAGAAGAAGAAAUUCAAAAAAUAAUGGACAAUCUGGUGGUUUUAUUGGUUCAAAUAUUGGUAACACCACGUCUACGGCUCAUAAAUAUAAUAAAAAGAAACCAGAAUUUAAAAAAGAUGAAGAUGGUUGGGAAUCAUUUACUACUCCACAAGUUGAAGAUUCAACAUCAACUACAACAAAUGAAGAUCAACAACAACAAAAAUCUAAAGGAUCAAGUAUUGGAAUUAGAGCAAGACCAAAUAAUAAAAAUUUAGGGUCCUCAAAGGCAGUUGAUCCAAGAGAAAUUGUAAGUGAUAAACAAACCAGAAGUUUUAAUGCUUUUGAAGCUUUAGAUGAUGAUGACGAAGAUGACGAUGAUGAAGAUGAUGAAGAUGAUGAAUAA